AUGGACAAGCAAGUGAAGGACAGAAUGGAGAAAAACGAACAAGCUUUGGUUCUUCAGAUUCUUCGGGAUUUUGCAAAGACCUCUCCCCCUCCAGAUCGUCUGUCAGACAUCAAAGAUGAGGAUGUAUUAAACGCAAUCUCUAAGUUACCGUGUGGUGACUUGAAGACGGAGGGUUUGCCGACUAACAUCCGAAGUCUCAAGAUUCAGACACUCAGAAGCAGAGUCGAUGAAGUAGAGAAGGAGCUAAAUGAAAAGGGAGAAAACAUUGUCCCUAGCAGCCACAUGUUUGGUGUACUAAACGUAAGCAUACGUCAUUCAGGAGACUUCGCACUCAAGAACCUGGCACAACGAAUUCAAAACCGAUUAGAUACAAUCGCUCUUCGAGACAUGCAGAGGAAAUAUAACAGGCAGACACCCAUCCAGCACGUGCAGGAGUUCGAGAAACGACUUCUGAGUCGAUGCCUGCGUCCUAAGGGGGAGAACGACCCCACGGAGAACCCUGUGCUGCUGCGCCUGUACUGGCUGCACCAGGAGGAGAGCCUGGACAGCAGCGUGCAGCAGUUCACCGAGAACCCAGGUGAUUUCAAGAUCAAUGAAGGCUUCAACAAAAAGCUUCGUUUCUUCCUCAGUGCACCGGAAGUGCCCUUUAGAUUGAAAACGAAGGCCAAGAACUUUGUGAGACGCCUGCAGGCAGUGGGAAAAGUUCAAAGGCCAACACCUCGAAGGAGAAGGGUCAGGCGACGCGACUCCGAUGAUGACGACUCUGAUGAUGGUAUCUUUGGUUACGAAAAUCUCCAUGACGACUACUUUUGUUAA